GCUGCAUCCCACACUGAGGAUCGGGGCCUCUGCAGCCCCUAACCCCUGUCCCAAGUGGCUGAAGCCUCCAGGGGCCACCAGAGCAGGUGUGGGCCAGGAGGCCUCUCCUGCCCUCCCAGGAUGCCGGGGACAGGCUUCGGGAGUAGGUGCCAGACGAGGUGGUGCUGAUUGACACGGACACCCAAGGGCCUGGGCCCGAGAUCGUGCUCCUGACUCCAGCCAUCUCUGGACCUGCCCUCUUCAUUCUGCGGAAGGGAAACUGAGACUCAGGAUGGACCCCUUCGAGGACACGCUGCAGCGGCUGCGGGAGGCCUUCAGCUCGGGGCGGACGCGGCCUGCGGAGUUCCGGGCCGCCCAGCUCAGGGGCCUGGGCCGCUUCCUGCAGGACAACAAGCAGCUUCUGCAAGAGGCGCUGGCGCAGGACCUGCACAAGUCGGCCUUUGAGUCAGAGGUGUCCGAGAUCAGCAUCAGCCAGGGGGAGAUAAACUUGGCCCUCAGGAACCUGCGGGCCUGGAUGAAGGAUGAGCGAGUGCCCAAGAACCUGGCCACGCAGCUGGACUCUGCCUUCAUCCGGAAGGAGCCCUUGGGUCUAGUGCUCAUCAUCGCCCCCUGGAACUACCCCCUGAACCUGACCCUGGUGCCUCUGGUGGGUGCCCUGGCUGCAGGGAACUGCGUGGUGUUGAAGCCCUCAGAGAUCAGCAAGAACACGGAGAAGGUCCUGGCCGAGGUGCUGCCCCGAUACCUGGACCAGAGCUGCUUUGCCGUGGUGCUGGGCGGCCCCGAGGAGACGGGGCAGCUGCUGGAACACAAGUUCGACUACAUCUUCUUCACGGGGAGCCCUCGAGUUGGCAAGAUUGUCAUGGCCGCAGCCGCCAAGCACCUGACGCCUGUCACACUGGAGCUGGGGGGCAAGAACCCCUGCUAUGUGGACGACAACUGCGACCCCCAGAUCGUGGCCAACCGCGUGGCCUUGUUCCGCUACUUCAACGCUGGCCAGACCUGCGUGGCCCCCGACUACAUCCUGUGCAGCCCCGAGGUGCAGGAGCGGCUGGUGCCCGCCCUGCAGAGCGCCAUCACCCGCUUCUAUGGCGAAGACCCCAGGAGCUCCCCAGACCUGGGCCGCAUCAUCAAUGAGAAGCACUUCCAGCGGCUCCGGGGCCUGCUGGGCUGUGGCCGCGUGGCCAUCGGGGGCCAGAGUGAGGAGAGUGACCGCUACAUUGCCCCCACGGUGCUGGUGGACGUGCAGGAGACGGAGCCGGUGAUGCAGGAGGAGAUCUUUGGGCCCAUCCUGCCCAUCAUGAAUGUGAGGAGCCUGGACGAGGCCAUCGACUUCAUCAACCAUCGGGAGAAGCCCCUGGCCCUGUACGCCUUCUCCAACAGCAGCCAGGUGGUCAAGCAGGUGCUGGCCCGGACCAGCAGCGGCAGCUUCUGCGGGAACGACGGCUUCAUGUACAUGAUCCUCACCAGCCUGCCUUUCGGAGGAGUGGGUGCCAGUGGCAUGGGCAGCUACCACGGCAAGUUCUCCUUUGACACCUUCUCCCAUCACCGCGCCUGCCUGCUGCGCAGCCCAGGGAUGGAGAAGAUUUACUCCAUUCGCUACCCACCCUACUCGCCACGCAACCUGAGGAUGAUGCUGGUGGCCAUGGAGACCCGUUGCUGCAGCUGUACCCUGCUCUGAGCUCACCUCGAGUAGCAGGGCAACAAGUGUCCCUCCUGGUUAUGUCCAAGUCCUCCACUAUUACCUGUGGCUGGUGGAGACAUGGCCUAGGGUCCAGGGCACAAAGAGGAAAAGAUCUGCCAGGGCCACAGCCCAACCUUCCAGUGCUUGCCUUCCUCCCUCCUGGGCUUCCCUCUUCUAACCCUCAGCCUCCUCCCUCAGCUGCCCCCCAACUAGGAUGCGCUAAUGUGAAGGAGCAUUGGAAACCUCAACGCUGGCCAACUGUGUCCUGGGAGAGGGCAGACAUGGGCACCUCUGAGCCACCUCCUUCCUGUGGAGGGUGCAGCAGAAGGGGGGCUGACAUCUGGUCCAGGCCACAUUGGGGACCUGUUGUGACCGGGCCAUCCCUGUCCUGAGCUGCUCCCUAUCUGUCCAGUGGGGAUGACUAACAAUCAGUACCUCAGAUGGUUCUGAGAUUAAACUUGGGAGCUUAAUAAAUACGAGUUGCUGACUCCAACCUCCAGACAUCCUGUCUCCUGGUUUAAGUGGGGUGAGGC